GUGUGUACACACACUAUGAGAAAGCAGGAGGAGAGAGAACGGCACACACAUAAAAACAAUCUGUUUUCGGUCCGUGCCAGGAGCUACCUACAUCAUCCUCGAUCAAUGCAACGCUGAUAUUUCAAAGUUUCCUGUCCGUACUUGGGCUCGUAGAGAAGCCAGGCAUUGCCCAGGUACCUUAAGCUAGAUCAGAAACCAUUUUACUGCUGGGAUCGCACUGCCGGCUCGACGGUGUGGAGAGAAGGACGGCGUGUUGGGGACAGUGAUGUGGCACCCCGUGCAGCCAAUAGCCUACCCAAGGCUCACUAUACGCCGAGCCUUUAUUUUCGGCUAACCUGGGGGCAGCACAGGGCUUAUCUGCCUUCCCCGAUCGGUCCUCAUCUCGACCGCUUAAGCGGAGCUCCGCAAGGGUCGGGAGGGCAUCCUGCGUCGCUCCCAAAGUUUGAGGACGGCUCCAGCCUGAUCGGGCAGGCUCAGGCCGGUGGCUGCAGGCAUGACACAGGCAUCCGAACGGACUCGUCUCUGAACUUCUGGCUGGGAAUUACUAAAAUGCUGAAUAAUGGAAACGACCACUGCACUGGUCUCCCUAUGGAAGCAGCUGUUUAUAUGUGGCAUUGAGACCCCAUGGAGAAGUUGAGGAGGGGGAUGGCUCUUCAUAUCCAUGAAGCCUGGAUACUGCUGUUUCUGAUCCCUGGUUUGGUCACUCCAGCUGCCAUCAACCAUGAAGACUACCCUGCCGAUGAGGGGGACCAGACCUCGAGUAAUGACAAUCUGAUCUUUGAUGACUACCGAGGGAAGGGCUGCGUGGAUGACAGUGGCUUUGUGUACAAACUGGGAGAACGUUUUUUCCCGGGACAUUCCAACUGUCCCUGUGUCUGUACUGAGGACGGACCUGUUUGCGAUCAACCGGAAUGCCCGAAAAUCCACCCAAAGUGUACAAAAGUGGAACACAACGGAUGCUGUCCGGAAUGCAAAGAAGUGAAAAACUUUUGUGAAUAUCAUGGGAAAAAUUACAAAAUCUUGGAGGAAUUUAAGCCCUCGCCAUGCGAAUGGUGUCGCUGUGAGCCCAGCAAUGAAGUUCACUGUGUUGUAGCAGACUGCGCAGUUCCUGAAUGUGUCAACCCAGUCUAUGAACCAGAACAGUGUUGUCCUGUCUGCAAAAAUGGUCCCAACUGCUUCGCAGGCACCACCAUCAUCCCCGCCGGCAUCGAAGUGAAGGUGGACGACUGCAACAUCUGCCACUGCCACAACGGGGACUGGUGGAAGCCGGCGCAGUGCUCCAAGCGCGAGUGCCAGGGCAAGCAGGCCCUGUAGCGGCCGGCCACCGCGGGGACCGGCGGCGAUGGGGUCACCAGCAAAACCUUCGCGGGGCCACGCAAGCAGAGGGGGUUUGGGGGGGUUUUUUGGUUUUUUUUUUAUUAAGGGGAAAAGCCCCCUCUCUUUCGCGCUCACGCUCUUUUCUCUCGCUUCACCUAAUAUAUAUACGGUCUCUCGAUAUCUACUCUGCUUUUGUAAUUAUCAGUGCUUGAUAGGGAUUCGGUGAUCACAUUUUUUGGAGCUGGGGGGGGAAAAGACAGAUAUAAAAAAAAAGAAAAACCUGCGCAAGCUCUUUCGCUGGUGACGCCUCCGAGACGCCGAUGACUUCACUGGUCUCGCUUCCGGCAACGUGGACUGCAUUUUGCAGGUUUUAUUUAUUUCAUCCUUUCGCUGUUGUGAUUUUUUUUUUUUUUAAGCCUCUUUCUCAGCUGGGAUCGUCGGGGCAAUACAGGUAUGAGGGAAGGAAUUAAUUAUUUUUUAUAGUGUCUAUUGAGGCUAAAAAAUAAGGGGGGGCCACUAAGGACAAGGGGCCGUAUAAAUUAGAAGGGGAGAAGGGACUACAAAUCGCAGCUGGAAGGUAACCUGCAGAAGGACUGAGCGAGACGCACAGGUAUUCGAGCGGACAGCCGAGGAGCAAGCUCUAUCUGUGUUACACUUUCCCCACUGCGUGGGGACAAUAAAGUCGAAGCCACCUGCCCCCACCGUGACUCUGCUGAGAGCGAGGGCCAACGCUGGGCCGUGCGGGCAGGCGGGUGCAGCAACCAGCACCGUGCAAAGUAAAAGUAUUUGAAAGACCCCCCCAAGAGAACAACUUCUUACCUUAAAAAGUGCGGCGUUUCUCCCUCGGCGUUCUCUUUAUUUUGAGCCAAUUACAAUCUCGACCAUUUAGUGGGCUCAGCUCAUACGGGAAGUAAUUUUGCCGGCUUAUGUUGCGAAUUAGUUGGUCUCACUGCGUGGCAGCUCCUGGGUGCAAGUGGUGGAGUCGAGGUAAGUAGGGCCCAUCUGAGCCACGUCUCCUCUGCCUCCGGAGUGUCCGUGUUUUUGCCCAAAUUAUCCUGUGUUUGCUUCACGAGCCACGGUGCCAAACCUGGCCUUGCUGAAGCCAACGGCAACGUUUCCAUUGACUUCAGUGACAGCAGGACUUGGCCACCGCACGUUAAAAGCAAAAAUCACCCCCAUCUCUGCCCGCAGCCCUUAGGGAGGUUUCCGUGCCACCUCCGGUGCGUGGCAAUCUCGUCGUGAAAGCAAACGUCACGCCGCCGUGCCACCGCACCCGGCAGGACGUGGCUUCGCCCGCGUGCCAGGAGAUGAGUAGCACCCUGGGGUGCUGCAGGACUGCCCCACCGCACGCGGGCAGGCACUCCCAGCGCAUCGCAGGGGAGGUUGCUGGCCCUCCAAAAACACGUCGGCCCCACUAAACCAGCCUGGCCGGCCUUCCCUAAACGUGCCCAAAAACCAUUCCCAGAGGGCCAAAUUACGAAGUUUGCAUUCGCCCUGGCAUCCUCUGAGCACUGCCAUGCCAAAGGCAGCAAGACCAUGUAGUGUGUAAGGGGCAAACUGCUCCGCGGCAGCCACCCGUGUGCAACACGGAGGCCUCCCUGGAGCAGCCAGAGGGGCCGCCUGGGCCCUCCGCGUGUCCCAUGAGCAUCCCUAUUCCUGGGAAUAAACAAAUAAAAACAUGCAGGGCCCGAGCUGUUUCACGGCGGCGGAGAUGCAGCAGCGCAGAUCAGCUCCAAACAGCCGUGGCGGCGCGGGAAGGGUCUCUGCGGAAGAGAGCGACGGCCCUGCUGGAAGGCGAGGUCCUCGCCGUGCUGGCGAGCGCCGCUUUGCCGUUCCCGGUCGCUCCGCGAGUGGUUUCCCGCGCGGCUUCUCAGCACUGAUGCCUCCCGGUCGCUCGGCCGCGGCUUCGAACCGAUACUGUGAGAGAAAAGCCUGCGCCUUGCUCUGUCCAGGUGACCGCAGGAGUCCUUCAAAUCAUCACUCACGGUUUCUUUACUGCUUUUUCGCUAUUCUCAUUAGGGUGACAGGGAUUAUUUUGUUCAGCCCUCGGUCCGACACUCAACGGCGGCGACAGCAAAUUCUCCUAGCAGCAUCCUGCACUGAAGUAAUCAGCGCAGUCGCCAAAGCGGGCUCAGUUUAUGCACACUGUUGCCUUCGUAGUCUUAUUUCUCCCCCAUUUUUUGUUUUCCCGGAGGCCCAGAUUCUUCACGGCGGUAGGAUAACCGAUAAGAUUGGUUUACUUCUGCCGAGAAUUUGCCUCCUGCAGUUUUAACAGAUACCAUUCAAUAAGUCAUCGUCAUACUGAUUUGCAAGCUGUUGCCUGUCAAUGACUAUCCGGUUUCAAAAUCUUUAAACAAUAGCGUGCCUGAAACUAGUGAGAAAACAAACUAUACUGUAAAAAAAAGGGGUUCUAGAAACAAUAUUUGAUGUGUAAAAGAAUAUAUUAUUAAAAAAUUAUUUUGUUAAAUAUAAAGUAUGCGAACCAGCAAAACGCAAAAUUA